CUGGGCCGACCAACCCCAAGAAGCAAAUACAGUCUCAAACACAUGAUCUAAAGUUGUACAGUUUUGGAAUGCUACCAUUGAAAGAGGGGCAAUGAUGGAAGAUGUUGGAAUACCAACUGGAGACAAACUCAUAUUGAGGGGCUUGAAAUUUCAUGGUUUCCAUGGGGUAAAGCCUGAAGAAAAAAAACUGGGUCAGAAGUUCUUGGUAGAUGUAGAUGCCUGGAUGGAUCUGAGGAUGGCUGGUAAAUCAGACCUCUUGUCAGAUACUGUUAGUUACACUGAUAUUUACCGCAUAGUAAAGGAAGUUGUGGAAGGGCAAUCUCAGAAUCUUCUCGAGUCGGUGGCUCAAAUAAUUGCAUCAACAAUCUUGACAAAGCACGCUCAGAUAUCUGCUGUACGUGUGAAAGUUGGGAAGCCUCAUGUUGCUGUUCAUGGUCCUCUUGACUACCUUGGAGUUGAGAUUAUCAGAUACAGAACUAUUGAUGCUCCUAACUGACCCUUACAACAUACAUAUACAAGGCAUCAUGGAUCUCAGUUGUGCCAGUUGCAGCUGCCACCUCCUUUAAAUUCUUUCAUUUUGCUUUUCAGGGAGGGGUAGAAAGUUAGAAGUGAACCAGGAUGGUUAAAUAUUUCUCCUAGUUCUACUGCAAUUGAGCUAAUUGAUGCACUGACGAUUUUCAAUUAUUGAAUUUCAGUAGAAAAUUCCAUGUGACUUCCUUUUCGAAUUCAUCGUAGUUAUACAAAAGUGAUGAGAGAAAGGUUAGCUAAAAUAC